AUGGGAUUGUACUACUUUUAUAAUAACAGCCCAAAACAGCGACAAAAUCUAAAGCGGUCCUUUCAAAGUCUUAACCAGGCAUCAGUUAUGCCAACACGUGUGGGUGGGACCAGAUGGGUGGGGCACAUUUUCCUUGCAGUGGAAAACUUCUUAAAGGGAUAUCAAGCAAUUCGUGCUCAACUUGAAGAUUGCAUCUCGAAGAAGGUAAGUAAAAUCAUUGUGUACUUAGUUUGUGUAUGUAAAACGUACUACAUUUUGUAUUAUAAAUACACAACUACACUUACGUACUAACACCACAGGAAAAUUUUAGUGUUAUUCAGAAUACUGAUAACAGUAUAAAACUUUAUUCAAUCACUAGGAAAAAGCUCAAACCAAAGCCAGAGGCUACUUAAAGCUAAUGAAACGCCCUGACGUGAUUGCUUUCCUUCAUCUGCUGCUUGAUAUGUUUGGGCCUCUGCGUGCUCUGUCCCUCACACUGCAGUCAGAUCAGACAACUUUGGCCGAUGUUGGUGAAAAAAUUCAACUCGCUAAAAAUGCAAUCAUCUCCUUCAAAGAAAGGUACAUUACAAAAAUGCAUUAAACUUGUUUAUUCUGUACUAGUUAUGUCACCUCGACUCCUUUAGAUGAUUUAGGGGAUUAUGUUAUAUUUUACAGUCAUGGUCCAAGACUAAGGUAGUUUUUUAAAGAUCACGAAGUGGCUGGCAGUUACAAGGGUGAGCCGAUGACUGGCAAGGUAACUGAGGACAACUUUCACACAACAAAGUUAAAACCACUGGCGGAAAAGAUUUUAAUGACAUUGGAAAAGAGGUUUACUGAUGUUUCAGAAGAUGUUGUGGCAGCCACCCGAAUUGCCAAUUCCAGACAGUGGCCACUAUUUUCAAUGAAGGAAGAUGUAACAGGUAAAGUGUCUUCAUCUACAUACAAAAUUUUUAAAAUCUUAUAACCAAAAAUAUACAGCAAUAAUCUUAAGUCGUGAUGUUCUGUGUAUUUAUAACAGUGUUUGGCGAAAAAGAACUCCAAGUCCUAUGUCAACGGUUUGCUGAAGUGUUGCAGCAUGCAGGUGUAGCCUCAGAGCAAGUGCAGACGGAGUGGGUGAUGCUGAAGUCUCAUCUUUAUAACAAGUGGGUUUAAGACUGACAUUUCUGAAAACUCAUGUAAUAGCAAAGGAAGUAAAUGCGAAUGCUUGAAAAAGUAUCCACUACAGCCGUUAAUCAAAUUUCUACUUUUCUUUAGGUACAGUUACAAAAUUCAAUCUCUUAAAUGGGCAGAGAUUUAUAGUCUUUACGAGGAGGGUCAUGCAAAUGUUCUUGCCAUCAUUGAUCUCACCCUUACCCUACCAGCUAGUUCUGCUGCAAAUGAGCGUGGCUUUAGCCAGAUGAAACUAACGAAAACCAACACCCAAAGCCGAAUGAACAACUCGACACUCAACCAUUCCAUGAUAAUUCAGAUGGCAACUCCCAAAGUGAAGGAAUUUGAUCCUGAUCCUGCAAUUAACCUGUGGAUGAAUGCUAGCAUCAGGCCACGAAGACCAGUGUUUCAUGAAGGAAGCUCAAGGAAGCGAGCAAGAUUGGAGAAGCAUGGAGGUGACAUCAUAGAAGUUGAAGAUGAUACGACUGCAGCUCCUGGACCAGCGCAAUCUCGAUAA